UGUGUAAUGCAUAUCUUCUUCAUAACGCGAUUGCUUUUUUAUAAACAACCCCGGAUGAAAGAGAUGAGCAUUAAAAACUAUGCCAUACGCCCCUCUGUUUGUGACUAUAAAUUUCUGUGGGGAAUCCUUUUUAUUCAUUCAGAGGCUAUCCCGAAAGAAAUAACAAUGCCAUUCUACGACUGUCUGCAAGUGUCCGCUGUGAUACUGGUGCUGAGCCCGUCGGUUCUUGGGAGCGCACAGCUCGGCAGCCAGCGGACAUGCUGCGGACUCGGCUGCUUCCCGAGAGACAGGAACACGGGCUGCUGCGGGGAGAGGCCCUACCACAGGUUCGAGGAGGUGUGCUGUGAGGACGGCCGGGUUCUGAAGAGACAGCAGGGCAGUGCCUGCUGUGGGUUCAGCACCUUUGAUCCCGCCUGGCAGACCUGCUGCAACGCUCAGAUCGUCAACAUCACAGGAGUGAGCUGCUGCAAAGGAGAGCUGUACAGCAGGCACAGCGCCUCCUGCUGCGCAGGGGUUGUGUCUGAGAAGCUCAGCGGCCUGAUCUCGCAGUGCUGCGGCUCUGAGCCCUACAACCCUCGCUACCAGGUCUGCUGCGGCGGCAAACUCUGGGACCAGCAGCCCGGCCUGCGGUGCUGCGGACAAGCUCUCUACAAUAUAACAAGUGAGUUAUGCAUUCAUCAUCUGAGUAAGGUUAUCAAAAAGGAAACGCCACACGCCUUGCUCUGCGGUGACAGGCAGUACGACAACGAGACUCAUUUCUGCUGUGAGGACCUCAACGUCUACACAAGGACUGUGAGGUGCUGUGGCAAUGCUAGCACUCCCUACCGCACCUACAACCCGCUGAACGCCAGCUGCUGUAACGGGGUAAUCCACGAGGAAGUCCCGGAGCUGGAGGGAAAGAGCUGUUCUAAUCUGAAGAUGUGUGGAAGCAAUCAGUACAACUCUCUUUCCUCGGUAUGUCUGCAUGGCAAGAUUGUACCGGUGGCGUAUGUUGAAGAGUGUGGAGGAGCCCUGAAUAAGUUUGACAGCCGAGAGAGUUUGUGUUGCGGGGGGCAGCUCUACCUGAAGCUGGAUGACAUGGCCUGUUGUGGGCAGGCCUGGUUCAACACAACGCAACACCAGUGUCUUGGAGAGUUAGUCAGAAAGAGGGGAAGCGAUGCGCGCCUCAGCAUGUGUGGCAGGAAUGCUCACUUUGACCCCAUUUCCCAGCGCUGCUGCAUCAACUCCGAACACAAGGGGGAGCCAUACGGGCCCGGCCAGACCUGCUGCAAUGGGACAGUUCAUGAAACAACAGGCACUGCUUUGAAUGGAGGUCGGUGCUGCAAUGGAAAAGGCUACAAUCCUGAGACUGACUUCUGCUGCUCUGGCCAGACGCAUGAGCUGAGCGAGUGGCAGCGCCUCGGGGAAGGCAGUUACCUCCAGAACGAUGGCGGGUUGAUCUGCUGCAACCACACGCUGCACAGAGUGUCUGCCGGGGAGCGGGAGUGUCAGGGGGGGAUCCCCUACAACCCUGCCCUGGAGACGGUGUGCGCCGGGCUGGUUCACCGCACUACACACGAGCACUGCUGCGGCCAGCACACCUACCGCCCGGACACAGAGGUCUGCUGCAGGGGGCGCAGGCAGCCCUGGCCCAGACACCACUCGCAGGCCGAGUGCUGCGGUGCCUGGGCCUACGACCCCCUGGACCCCGAGACCCGCUGCUGCGGAGACACGCUCCACAGGGUCCCUCGGGGGGCUGCGUCUCUCCGCUGCUGCGGGAGCCUCCUCGUGGACACGGACACCCACAGCUGCUGCGCCUCCGAGACCCAGCAGGUCUCCUUCAGGAGGGCCCCGGGGCUGGCCUGCUGCGGCCACACGCCCUACAACACGUCCCGCGAGUCCUGCUGUGCCCACCGCCUCUCCCGGGGCCGCCAGCCGCGCGGGGCCGCGCCAGGAGAAUGUGUGCUGAUGCAGCUGGAGGACAUGAGCCAGUCUGCUGUCUGUAACGCCACAGUCCUUGUAGGUCAAGUCACAGGAAUGACGAUCAGGGGCAGCCGCAUUGUUUACAGACUGACCAGGGUCAUCGAGGUGUUAGCGAGCCACAGUGGAGCACUGCAGAUCUGGGAGAAGCUCGCUGCGGUCCAGCUUGACCACUGUGGCUGCCCCCCAUUGGCGCUGGACAGGAGCUAUGCCUUCUGUCUCACGGGCCAGCUGCAGGAGCAGCCCGCCCUCAGCGCCGGGGACUCUGUCUACAUCGCUCCACUCCUGUCCCCCAGCGCGCUGCACAGCCUGGCGCAGCGGAGAGCCAGGUGCAAGCCGUGACAGCCCUGGCCUCUCACACCACCCAGAAAGGCCUUCAGAGCUCGGGAAGUAAGCCUCCUUAAUGAAUGAAGAGCCUUUGAGUCACUUUUUCAGGCUUCCAAAUUAUGUUAAUUAAUCAUUUAUGUAUUUUUGCAUUAUAUUAGUACCACACAUUUCCUUAUCUGUUAGCGAACUUUAAUGUGACUUUACUGAGCCUUUGCACUAUGUAUCUUCAUAAAUCAACCUUGACUUUUUUUACCCUGAAGGGUCUUUAGUGUAUAACAGGUCUGGGUUGUUUACAAGCCAUUAGGCCCUGAGCCAUUUCUUAUCAUUUUUCUUCGUGAAGGGGGAAGGGAUUUUGUUACUUAUGGUGUCUUGAGUGGUCAAUAUUUUUCCUGUGAAACAUUUUGUGGUGAGUAAUAAUUCUGGGAAUACAAAAGAGAAAAAGAACAUACACCCAGAAAAAUCUAAUCCAAAAUGCAUUCCAACAAUUGCCCAUCAUCAAAACAUUCUGAUGAAGGUAUAUUUUACCAAAACAUGUACAAUUGUUAAAAAACAUCUGAUUUGAAUAAUAACUAGCCAAGAGAAAUGAGAUGUGUUUUUAAACAAAGUUUGAAAAGAAUGGUGCUAAUGUAGAAAAGUCAAAUAUUCUGGCAGGAUUGGAUUGGAAUGUUUUUAUUUUUAUUUUAAUGGCUCAUUGCAGUUACACAGAGCCCUGAAAUAGUCAAAUUAGCUGACUUUGUAUUGUCAGUGAGUUGGAUGUCCUGACACCCAGCAUAAAGCAGACGCCAGCAUCAUGAUGAGCAUCCUUGUCCAUCAUGUAGGGCAUGCUGCAGGUGUUUCUAUACUGUAGAAGACAGUGGUGCUUGUUUUCAAAUAGAUUAUACAUUUAUUCAUGUAUCUAAGAGGCAUAAAUGGACCUCUUAUUACCAGUUAAAGUGAGCUGUGACCCAUGGAUAACAGUGAAGCUGUCGUCAACACUGAAAGAGUUACAAAUACACUGAUGGAAAAAAGAAACGCAACAGUUUCUGGAAAGAGAAUACUACAGUUAUAGCUUAUGUACUUUCACAAAAAGAUGUCAAUUUGUUUUAAGCCC